AUGACCGCCGCCGCCCUGUUGGCCGCGUUGCCAUCGCUCGGAGUCACACGCAACAGCUCUUGCGACGUGCUGCCCAGCCUGUCCGAGCUGCUGCGCAUGCUGCAGGAGGCUAACGGCAUCGCAUUGGCGUUUGCUCAGCAGCGGCCGGACGUUCAAAAUGUAACGAAGCUCGCGCGGCGCAUCCAGCAAAACGCGAGGUACGUUGAGGCGCAGAUCGCUGCCCAAGCAACCUCCUGUGCCGCUGCAGCAGCAACAGCAGCAACACCAGCGGCUGCUGCUGCAGCAGCGCCGGCAGCAGCAGCAGCCGGCGCGGCAGCGGGCGCCAGCGCUGAUGCAUCCGUCGCCGGCAGCGAUGUCCAGGCAUCGCAGCAGGCGGGCAAUCCUGCAGCCGCGGGGUCUGGGGGGGCCGCAGCUGGGCCGGCGGACGGGCGCGGCCCAGUGGCGGCGCCCUUGGCGGCAGAGAGGGUGCAGGGCAUCAUUAAUAACAUCCGCGGGCUGGCGUCAGAGCUCCAGGCCCUCCACGAGGCGCCAGGGGUAGUCGCUGUGGUCAAGAAGUUCAGGGGCGCCGCGGCCGGCGGCGGCGGCGGUGGCGGUAGCAAGGCGGGCGGCGCCGGCGGCGGCGGCGCAGGGGGAGGGCCGGCGGCGGGGGUGGAGGUGGACGUCGUCGCACACGGCGGCCAGUCGUGGAUCGAGGUCAAGGGCGGACAGGCGUUUGGCCUGGGCUCGAGCCGGUGGCUGGGCCAGCAGGGGCUCAAGGGGCAGGUGCAGGCCAUGCUCGCCGCCGCCCGCGCCCCCGGCGCCGCCGUGCGCUACCGGCCCCCACAGGUGGUCGUGUUCUGCCCCUUGGGGGCCGACCCUGAGGUUGUGGCCGAGCUUGAGGCUAUGGGCGCCACAGCCGCGGUCGGGAUAGGCGAGCGCCCGCGCGGCCCCGCGCGCGCCGGCAGCUCGCUGGCCGGCCUGCCAGAGCCGCACCCGCCCCCCACCUGCACCAACCUGGAUACGACGACGCUGUGCGCCCUGGUGUCGGAGGCGUCCCACCGGCCACCGACUGACGAGGCCCUCGUCCGCUGGGCCAGCCGCACGUCACACUGGCGGGACUGCCUGGUGGCCGAGGCGGCCAGCCCGCUGCUGCCCGAGCUGCGGCCGCACGUGUGGGCCCCUGGCAAGCGCCUAGUUGCCGCGGCCACAGCCGUGGCCCAGUUUGAGAAGCUGCUGGCGGACUUUGCUGGCCCCACUGAGAAGAAGCGGUGGCAAGAGGAGCUGCUGCCGCAGCUCGCAGUUUACGUUGUCGCCGCGCAGGAUGAUGUGGGGGAUGGAGGGUUGGAGGGCAGCAAGGAUCGAAUUGAAAGUGUCGGUUCAAGAGAUGGGCGUGAAGGAGGCGGCGCAGACAGCUCCGCGGCGAGCGCCGCCGGCAACACCAGCAGCGGCAGUGGCGGCAGCAGCCGCGGCGGCGGCGCCGGCUGCGCGCUGCGUGUGUUUGCCAUGCCCCCGGCGGUCGCGCGGCUGCGGCUGGGGCGGCAGCAGGCCGACGUGUUUGGCCUCGGCGCGGCGCUCGAGGCGCUGACGCUCACGGCCAACUCCAACGCCGUGCGCUUCCUGGACGACAACGCAGUCGCGCUCGAGACGUUUGUGCACCGGCCGGUGUGGCUGACAGGGCUGUGA